CCAAAACUCCAGAGCCUCAAUUCGCAGCAUCAAAACCUCGUCCUCGCAUCUUCCCUCCCCGCGGCACGCGCUGCGAUAAGGCAUCUCGGCCUCCAUCUUGCCCUCCGUCGUCAGGCCUCCCUCUUCGUCAAGGAACCGCAUAAGCAGCACCACCAUGGUGGUCGCAACCAUCAAGUGCGUUGUCGUCGGCGACGGUGCCGUUGGCAAGACAUGUCUUCUCAUUAGCUAUACCACAAACAAAUUCCCUUCGGAAUAUGUGCCGACCGUUUUCGACAACUAUGCCGUCACCGUAAUGAUCGGUGAUGAGCCUUAUACCCUGGGACUCUUCGAUACGGCUGGACAGGAAGAUUAUGACCGACUGCGUCCCCUUUCAUAUCCCCAAACCGACGUGUUCCUCGUCUGCUUCAGCGUCACCUCGCCUGCCUCGUUCGAAAACGUCCGCGAAAAGUGGUUCCCCGAAGUCCACCACCACUGCCCCGGUGUCCCUUGCCUCAUUGUCGGCACUCAGGUUGACUUGCGAGACGACCCCAGCGUCCGAGAAAAGCUUGCCAAGCAGAAGAUGUCCCCUGUCCGCAAGGAGGAUGGCGAGCGUAUGGCGAAGGACCUGGGCGCUGUCAAAUACGUCGAGUGCAGUGCGUUGACGCAGUUUAAGCUCAAGGAUGUGUUUGAUGAGGCCAUUGUUGCUGCUUUGGAACCUCCCGCGCCCAAGAAGAAAUCCCACAAGUGCCUUGUUCUAUAAGCCAUGAGUCUCAGGAAAUUGCGUCAUAGGAUAUUGCCAUUGUUUCACUCAAUGGUCGGUUGACCAGAAGGGAUGGGUUCUGGAUACAUGGACGAGGUCAAUUGGAGACGGGUGGAUGUGUUUGGACGGGGUUGAUAGACUUGGACGAGUUGGGCUUGCCUACCCACGACGGUUGAUAUCACUGGCAAAUAGGGGGUUGUGAUUUACUUGUUUCCGUCAAGGAAAUCGUGCGAUGGAUUUUCCCCUGUGCCUGGUCAUGGCAAAAGCAAGACCUCGUCCGCGAUGGGCACGAAAUGGGUAGUGGCGAAGAGCUUCCUAGAUGCGGCCUGCUGCGUUGUCGGCAGUCCUUGCCCGUGCCUCUCCGUCAUUACUCAAUGGCCUCGAGACCAGAGGCCGGAUCUACGUUCCCGUCCAUUCUCGUUUCUCUCUAUAUUUUGGGCCAGGGAACUUAUAAAAUGCAGACAGGCAUGUUUCGAUAGGAAAGUUUGGCGAUUAGGAGUGCAGUUAAAUUGACCGGACCUUUUGUUAUGCCC